GCCCCUAGCGGGGGGCGGGGGCGCCGUCCCGGGACCCCGGCGGCGGCGGAGGGCGGGGCGCCGGCCUUCCCGGGAAGACCCGCUUUUGUUCCAGAGCCGCCGGCCCAAGGAAGCUAUUGUCUGUGCUGCCGGCCGGGCUGCUCCGGACCCCGGGCCGGGCGCGGUGGCAGGAAUGAGCACGCUGCCCUGGGGGGUGUGCAAGGCGGGGCGGGGCCGCGGGGGCCCCGGUCUCGAGCUCAGGGUCGGCGAUCCUGAGUUCAGAACGUUCCAGACCGGUGUGGGUGCACCUCAGCCCCUGCCCAGAACAGGUGGUGAGGGACCAGGAUGGGAGGACAGGGCCUUCCCGAGCGGUCCGGCACUGUGCAGAGGCUGAUUUUGGUGAAUCUGGAGAUGGAACCCCACGUAGGCCUCCUGCUCCCUGGUGAUGGUGCUGGGGGGCUUCCUUGCUUCCUCUGCCCUCUCCACUCCCUCCGCGGGCUCCGACUCCAGGGACCUGCGAAGGAGGUUUUGGAGCUCAAUGGAAGCUCUUUCCGCCGCUGCAGCACACGUGAGGGGAGAGGGUGGAGACCGGCCCUGCCCACGUGUGAGGCGGGAGGGGUCUGGAGGAAAACCUGGCUGUCUGCCUCUCAGUACUAGGAUGAGGGGAAAAAGCAGGCAGCCUGUACUCUACUUAGAGGAGGCGGGGUUCGGUAUCAGGCAGGGAACUGAGAUUGAGAGGACUGGUAACUGCCAAAAUACUCCUGGUGGUGGAAGGGAGGUCUCCCACAUACCUGCCUACCUGGUCAUUGAGGAUCCUGCUGUAAUACAGCUCUGGUGUGGGCCGGGCCCCCCCGCCCCCCCCAGGUCUGGCCACUGACUUCCCAGAGAUGGAAGGACCAGUGGGAGAAUCAUGGUCACCGUAUGCCUGGAGGCUGGGUCUAGGAAAGCUGAGAUAGGUGGCCACCUGCCCCCCAGCUGGCUCUCCAGCCUGCUUGCUCCUGGACCUUUUAGGUCACUCUACCUGGGACCACACCCUGGCAAGUGCUCUGCAGCUACGGGUCCCCAGGGGGCUGGGCAGAGGCUGUGGGCACCAAGGGAGGUAGUGUUUUGUGGCGGACAGGGGCUUGCUGUCUGGUGGUAGAUGCCAGCCCAACUUGUCUUUCACUGUACCUGAAAAGUUCAUGUUGGUGGCUUCCAAGAACUGAUAUCUCCAUUCCUUCAUCCAUCCAGUGGUAGCUACCUUGUGUUCUCUAGGGGCCUGCCCAGGAGCUGUGGGCUCCAGGUAUGCAUUGCGCCUUAACCUGUGUACUAGUGGAGCCUUGCACAGGGUGGGGUGCCCACUCCUGUGGUCUGUUCUUGAUACAGAACAUGGGUGCUUAUUUAUAAAGUGUAUGGCCUUUGUGUGUUGGUUCACGUUUCACUUUUCCACUCCUCACAGUCCCUGCAUCUGGCCACAUAGGUGGGUCUGGCACCCUGUUCCUUCCCUCUCUGUAUGAGGAGGCUGAGGCUCUAGUAUGUGACGGGGCUCAAGACGCUCAGUAUUGUGCUCAGUGUUGGGUCCUUCGGAAACCUCUUCAAAGCAGUGGUUGGCUGGUGGGUCUGCAUCAUUGGGGCAUCCCACAAGCCCAGGGAAGCUCUUGGGAAACCUCAGGCCUGGGUAGCAGUCUCUCUCUGGGCGAGGCCUAGCAGCCAUGGACCUGCUCCACCACAGAUGAGAGAGCCCCAGGAUGGACUUACCACAGGUGGGUGAGACAGGAGGCUGGGUGUGGUCCCUGCAAGAGGAGAAAGGAUGAGGGCGUGACAGAAGAUGGUUGGCAGGACCCAGUGUGUUGAGGAGGGCUGGUGUGCACAGGGGAAUAGGCGUGAGUCAGAAGUGGAGCAGAGGCAGUGUGGAGCUACAGGGCCAGAGGUUCCUGAGAAUGAGCAAGUCUGGAUAGGUGGACAUGAGACCUGGGGUAAGACAGAUCCAGCACCCCACCAGGCCUCUCUGUUGAGUGUCAGCUGUAUGUUGGUGACCAUCCCACCAUCCCACAGACCCACUGUGAAGAUGUUACAGAGACCUGAGUCACCAGAUGCCCUUCAGCCCCUCACUUACCAUAGGCCUUAGUUUCACCAUCUGUCAUCAGCUCUGCUACCCCCACAGUGGAUGCCUAGGGAACAAGGGUCUCCUCUUCCUGGCCAGGUCCCAGCAGGCAUUCCAUUCCAUCCUGAGACUGAGAAGGAGCAGAGCCCGGGCAGCCAGGCAUCGCUGGCCACAAUGCCAGAGGCACCCGAGGUGCUAGAGGAGACAGUGACAGUGGAGGAGGACCCUGGAACACCUACCUCCCACGUGUCCAUCGUCACGUCUGAAGACGGCACAACUCGGCGCACUGAGACCAAGGUUACCAAGACGGUGAAGACAGUGACAACGAGGACAGUACGCCAGGUGCCUUUGGGCCCAGAUGGACUCCCCCUGCUAGAUGGUGGCCCCCCGCUUGGCCCUUUUGCUGAUGGCCCCCUGGAUCGGCACUUCCUGCUACGUGGUGGUGGCCCAGUGGCCACACUCUCCCGAGCCUACCUCAGCAGCGGAGGUGGCUUUCCCGAUGGCCCUGAGCCCCGCGAUGGCCCCCGCUAUGGCAGCCUGUCUCGAGGGCUAGGGGCGCGGCCCCCACGUACAGGGCCCCUUGGUCCAGGACCUGGUGAUGGGUGUUUCACACUGCCUGGCCGCCGGGAAGCCUUCCCAGUGGGACCUGAGCCUGGCCCACCAAGUGGCCGCUCCCUCCCUGAGCGCUUCCAGGCAGAACCCUAUGGCUUGGAGGAUGACACACGCAGCCUGGCUGCUGAUGACGAGGGUGGCCCUGAGCUGGAGUCCGACUAUGGCACGGCCACACGAAGGAGACCUGAGUGUGGGCGGGGCCUUCGUGCCAGGGCCUAUGAAGAUGUGGCCGAUGAUGCCGGUGAGCUGAUAGAUGAGCGGUCCCCAUUCCCAGCAGCUACAGCGCCAUUGGCCCAGCCUGAGCGGGGCAGUUUGGGUAGCCUCGACCGGGUGGUGCGGCGCUCUCCUUCGGUAGACAGCACCCGUAAGGAGCCUCGCUGGCGGGACCCUGAGCUGCCUGAGGUGCUGGCCAUGUUACGGCACCCAGUGGACCCAGUGAAAGCCAAUGCAGCCGCCUACCUGCAGCACCUAUGCUUCGAAAAUGAGGGCGUCAAGCGGCGUGUGCGGCAGCUGCGUGGGCUGCCACUGCUCGUGGCACUGUUAGACCACCCUCGGUCCGAGGUGCAGCGUCGGGCCUGUGGGGCACUGCGCAACCUGUCCUACGGCCGUGACACAGACAACAAGGCUGCCAUCCGGGACUGCGGGGGUGUGCCUGCCCUGGUGCGCCUGCUGAGGGCUGCCCGUGACAAUGAGGUCCGCGAGUUGGUCACCGGUACACUCUGGAACCUGUCAUCCUAUGAGCCCCUGAAGAUGGUCAUCAUUGACCAUGGCCUGCAGACGCUGACCCAUGAGGUCAUCGUGCCCCACUCUGGCUGGGAGCGUGAGCCUAAUGAGGACUCUAAGCCACGAGAUGCUGAGUGGACAACUGUCUUCAAGAACACAUCAGGCUGCUUGAGGAACGUAAGCUCAGAUGGCGCUGAGGCCCGCCGGCGACUCCGAGAGUGUGAAGGGUUGGUGGAUGCGCUCCUGCAUGCCUUGCAGUCGGCAGUGGGCAGGAAGGACACUGACAACAAGUCGGUGGAGAACUGCGUGUGCAUCAUGAGGAACCUGUCUUAUCAUGUGCACAAGGAGGUGCCUGGGGCUGACAGGUACCAGGAGGCCGAGCCCGGGCCCCCAGGCAGUGCCAUGGGCUCCCAGCGCCGGAGGAGGGAUGACGUCAGCUGCUUUGGUGGCAAGAAGGCCAAAGAGGAGUGGUUCCAUCAAGGGAAGAAGGAUGGUGAGAUGGACCGGAAUGUUGACACGCUGGACCUGCCCAAGAGAACAGAGGCCGCCAAAGGCUUUGAGCUGCUAUACCAGCCAGAGGUGGUACGUCUCUAUCUCUCCCUCCUCACGGAGAGCCGGAACUUCAACACUCUGGAGGCUGCUGCUGGCGCCCUGCAAAACCUCAGCGCUGGCAACUGGAUGUGGGCCACGUACAUCCGGGCCACUGUGCGUAAGGAGCGUGGAUUGCCCGUGCUGGUGGAGCUGCUGCAGUCUGAGACUGAUAAGGUGGUGCGCGCAGUGGCCAUCGCAUUGCGCAACCUCUCGUUGGAUCGGCGCAACAAAGAUCUCAUCGGGAGCUAUGCUAUGGCGGAGCUGGUGCGGAACGUGCGCAGUGCGCAGGCUCCGGCGCGCCCCGGGGCCCGCCUGGAGGAAGACACAGUGGUGGCGGCGCUCAACACCAUCCACGAGAUCGUGUCCGACAGCCCGGACAAUGCGCGCUCACUCCUGCAGGCCCGCGGUGUGCCGGCACUAGUGGCGCUGGUGGCCUCCAGCCAGUCAGUGCGUGAGGCGAAGGCAGCGUCACACGUGCUGCAGACUGUGUGGAGCUACAAAGAGCUUCGAGGAGCCCUGCAGAGGGAUGGCUGGACCAAGGCACGCUUCCAGUCAGCUGCUGCCACUGCUAAGGGGCCCAAGGGAACACCAAGCCCCGGGGGUGGAGGCUUUGAUGACAGCACACUUCCACUAGUAGACAAGAGCCUAGAUAGUGAGAAGCCAGGCAGCCGGGACGUGAUCCCCAUGGACACACUUGGCCCAGAUGGAUACUCCACUGUGGACCGGAGGGAACGGAGGACCCUGGGCAGUGACUCUGCAGGGGAGGCCUCUGAGAAGGAACCACUGAAAUCCGACACUGGCAGGAAGGCCCCUCCUUCCGGGCCCAGCAGGCCUGCGGUCAGGCUGGUGGACGCCGUGGGGGACACUAAGCCUCAGCCGGUUGACUCCUGGGUCUAGCUUGCAUGCCUGGGCCCAGGCCCAGCCAUUUCUUAGGGAUUGGAUCACCGGAAGAAGGGUCGUCCUGAGCAAAUGCUGUCAUGGAGCUUGGAGCAUCCUGGCCACAGGGGAUGGCCAAGCCUUGCCCUGAGCCAGGGCCUGCUUUCUGGACACCCCUCCUGUUCUAUCCUGACUGUCCCUCCCUCUGAUCUCCUGAUCUAACUCCCUAGGCCUGAGUUAGCUGUUUACUGACAUGGUGCUGUGUGUGAGUAUGAGAGAGAAAAAGCCAGAGCAGGGCCCAGGGAGGUGGCAGGGGGAGGGCAUGUGGCCUUGUUCCGGCAGAAUAGGAGAGGGUCUCCCAGAGGAGCAGUACAGGUAUGGGCAGGAAAGGGGGCUUGGGGAAGGAAGUCAGACUCCAAAGGGUGGAGGGGGCUCCCUGGGCUGGAGCCCCACCUGUAAGGCAGGCAGACCACCUCUGGGCAUGGAGGCUUUAGAAGCAGUGAGGUGGGGGGUCCUGCAAUGGAUGCGUAGUACCACCAUGCAGUGGAACCCUUUCCUGAGCCUCCUCUAUGGGGCCACUGUGGCUGCCACGUUUGUUGCAUCUGCAUCUGCCCAGAACCUCACCGUAACCUCUGGGACUAACCCCCCACAGCAUGGGGGGCUGCUGUUCAGUGCCUGCUGUUUGUGACUUCAAAACAGAAGAAAACCACUGACAAAAGCAUUAAAAAUGAAACCAAAAUAAGACUGUAUUGGUAAACAUCUA